GUCUAGCCGCUCGCAGCCACGGCCUCCCGCGCCUCGCUCAGCUCCGACAUGGCAAAAAUCUCCAGCCCUACAGAGACCGAGCGGUGCAUCGAGUCCCUGAUUGCUGUCUUCCAGAAGUAUGCUGGAAAGGAUGGAAACAACUGCACUCUGUCCAAGAUGGAGUUCCGAAAUUUCAUGAAUACGGAACUGGCUGCCUUUACAAAGAAUCAGGACCCUGGUGUCCUUGACCGCAUGAUGAAGAAACUGGACAUCAACAGCGAUGGGCAGCUAGAUUUCCAAGAAUUUCUUAAUCUGAUUGGCGGCUUGGCUGUGGCUUGCCAUGACUCAUUUCUCAAGGCUGCCCAUGCCUCGAAGCGGAUCUGAGGACCCCUUGGACCUGGCCUCCAAACCCACCCCUUUCCUUCCAGCCUCUGUCAUCACCUCCUUCUCACAGCUCACACAUCCCCUGAGCCCAGCAUACCCGCCACCCCAUGCAAGCCCCUCUCGCGGGUAGUAAUAAAACAAUGUCACUUUUUUAAAACA